UAACAGAUCAUAUUACUGUUUUACAGAUACAUUACGAGCCAUGAAAUAUUCUCCUGAAUUUUCAGUCCAAUGGCUUCAAUUCAUGGUUAUGGUACUCUUGAUUUCGUUCACCGGCACCGUAUCCGGCUGGUUCAACAUUCCGAGGCUUAGUCCGACGAGAGGAACGAUCAUCGAAAACCCUGACCUUCAAUCAUUUGCACCCGUUUCAGAUGAUCUCCGAACAUUUUAUUACCCUCAGACACUUGAUCACUUCAACUACCAGCCUCAAAGCUACGCCACUUUUCAACAAAGAUACGUGAUGAAUUUCAAGCAUUGGGGCGGAGCAAAUGGCAGCGCACCGAUUCUAGCCUAUCUCGGAGCAGAGGCCCUGAUCGACAACGAUCUUGCCAUAAUCGGUUUCCUCAAUGAUAAUGCAAUCCACUUCAAUGCUACCCUCGUUUACAUUGAGCAUCGGUACUAUGGAAAAUCAAUACCAUUUGGAUCAAGUGAAGAAGCCUUUAAAAAUGCAAGCACUAUGGGGUAUUUCACCUCUGCACAAGCUAUUGAAGACUAUGCAGAAAUCAUCAUGCACAUCAAGAAGAAACUCCGUGCUUUCUAUUCUCCGGUUAUUGUCAUCGGAGGAUCAUACGGCAGAAUGCUUGCUUCUUGGCUUCGGCUGAAGUACCCUCAUGUUGCUUUGGGAGCUUUGGCCUCAUCAGCUCCGAUUCUUUACUUCAAUAAAAUCACACCAAGUGGAGCUUACGUUUCAGUCAUCACCAAGGAUUUUAGGGAAGCUAGCGAGACCUGUUACCAAACUAUACGAAGUUCAUGGUCUAUAAUCGACAAAAUCGCUUCCCGAUCCAAUGGACUUUCAACCCUCAGCUCGAAAUUCAAAACUUGCAAGACAUUGCAAGAUUCUUCAGAGCUGAAAAACGAGUUGGAGAACAUGUAUGCCGAAGCAGCGCAAUAUAACCACCCCCCAAGGUAUCCGGUAAAUAUGAUCUGUGGUGCAAUCGAUGGAACAAAUGAAAAGAAAGAUAUUCUGGGUAAGAUAUUUGCCGGUGUUGCUGCUUAUAGAGGGAAUCGUUCAUGCUACAUUAAUCAACCAACCAAUGUAUCCGAAGCAGAUGUAGCUUGGAGUUGGCAGAUAUGCAGUGAAAUGGUGAUGCCCAUAGGCAUCGGCAAAAACACAAUGUUCCAAGCAGAUCCAUUUGACCUAAACAGCUAUACAAAAGAAUGCAUGAGAUCAUACGGCGUUCCUCCUCGUCCCCACUGGGUCACUUCUCACUACGGCGGCCAUGAUAUAAAACUGAUUCUCCAGAUAUUCGGUAGCAACAUCAUCUUUUCGAAUGGAUUGCGUGACCCGUAUAGUCGGGGCGGGGUUUUGGAAAACAUUUCAGACAGUAUUCUUGCAGUACAUACAGUAGAAGGCUCUCAUUGCUUGGAUAUACUUAGAGAAAAGGAGAGUGAUCCAGAGUGGUUAGUGAAGCAGAGGGAAAUGGAGGUGAAGAUUAUCAAAGAAAGGAUUGCCCACUACCAUGCUGAUCUUAAAGCCAGUCUAAUCAAACAAUAG